AUGUUCGUGAAACGUGAGGCUCAGCCAAGUCGAUUUGUCUGGGUCACUCCUUCUGAUGCACCCCAUGAACACUGUCUUCAUGCCUUCUCCGGAACGACCUUGGUGGGUCGCUCCUCACCUAUCUUUGUGAGCUCACCAAUCAUGAGACGCGAAAGCAUCGCCGAUGUGGCCGAUAUGGAGGGUCCCUGGUUCGACGGUGUCGCAUAUAUGAAGUCAAAGAAGAACAGUGACGCCUUCAUCACCAAGGCAAAGAGUACAUCUGUUGCCAUUCUUGGUGGUGGUAUGUCCGGAUUAAUGACGAGUUUACUACUCGAAUCUGUUGGUAUACACGACUGGCAUAUAUACGAGUCAUCGGAGCGAGUUGGCGGACGUAUCCGCACCAAAUAUCUCAACAACACACGUCCAGAUCAGUAUCAGUAUCAGGAGAUGGGUCCAAUGCGUUUCCCCGUCAGCAUCACCUAUGCUGAUACAAAUGAGACCCUUGAAAUUAUGGACCACCGCAUGGUCUUCCAGCUUGCAGGCGUUCUCAACAAAAUGAAUGCUGAAGCUCCCGAACUCCAGGUCAACUUCAUCCCGUGGAUCCAAAGCGGUCCCAAUCUUCCUGCAGAUUCGGGAGGCAAUCGUCUACCUAACGGCCUGAUUCCAACAGCUGCUGAAGUGGCUGCGAACGCGUCUUUAGUCUACACAGCUGCCUCGUCCAACGCGACAGCUGUUGCUGAUGCAGAAGCCGCCUUUGAUAAUUAUACCACACUUGGCGACCGCGCUACAAUCCGGGAAAUUGCGACAAACAUGUACAAAGCCCACAAGAAAGCUGUUGAAGAUGGCAUGUUCCACUGGUCUGAAGCUGGGUAUCUACGAUAUGCGCUCGGAUACAAUUCUAACAUCACCGACUAUGUGGCCGGAACAACGGACGACCCCAUCUGGGGCGACUUCUACGAUGACGUCUAUUUCGCAGCUACAACGUGGCGCACUAUCGACAAAGGACUCGAGUCUCUUCCACGUGCUUUCUUCCCCCAUGUUGCGGCGAAGACAACCCUCAACCGUACCGUGUCAGGGCUGGUUUACAAUGAGACAUCGGGUAAAGUUGCUGUGGCCUGGCGGGAGAAUCCUCUUCAGAUGAAGCCAAAUACUACCAAGGAGUACGACUACGCAGUAGUGGCGGCACCAUUCAGCAAAGUCAGACUAUGGGAACUUCCGCGCUACUCCUCCCUACUGAGCCGAGCAAUUUCAUCCCUCAAUUACGACCCAGCGUGCAAAAUGGCACUUCUUUACGAAACUCGAUUCUGGGAACAUACGGAGAACCCCAUCUUUGGUGGCUGUGGAUCCGUAGAUGUUGCCGGUGUCGGAAGUGUCUGCUACCCUUCCUACAACAUGAAUGGGACUGGACCCGGUGUUAUCCUUGCAUCUUAUAUCUCUGGUACUGAAGCCCGUUCUGCUGCUGCUCUUAGCCCCGAGGAGCAUGUUUCGCUCAUCCAGCGCACUAUGGUCGAGGUACACGGCGAAGUUGCGGCUGAACAAUUCACCGGUAUCUAUGACCGCCAGUGCUGGGAAUUUGACCAGCACCAAGCGGGUGCGUGGUGUGACCCUCUGGUUGGCCAACAAGAGCUGUACUUGCCGGCUUAUUAUCAAACGGAGUUGCAGACUAUUUUUAUUGGCGAGCAUACUAGUUAUACGCAUGCUUGGAUCUUCUCGGCUUUGGACUCCGCUGUUCGUGGUACGACUCAGUUGUUGCUUGAUCUUGGAUUGGUGGAUGAGGCGAAAACAGUUGUGGAUACCUGGAUGGGUCGCUGGAUCAAGCUAUGA